AUGCCUUGUGAUCAAUCAACAAUGGCUUCUUCAAUUCAAAUCCUCUCCAAAACCACCGUCUUCCCCGCCACAAAAUCCACCCUCCCGGACCUCAAACUCUCCGUCUCCGACCUCCCAAUGCUCUCCUGCCACUACAUUCAGAAAGGCAACCUCUUCACUCGCCCUCCGAUCUCCAUUCCCGACCUUCUCUUUCUUCUCAAAUGCGGUCUUUCUCGUGUCCUCACCCAUUUCCCUCCUCUCGCGGGCCGUCUCACCACCGACUCCCACGGCUACGUCUACAUCACCUGUAACGACGCCGGCGUUAAAUUCGUCCAUGCCAAUGCCUCUCAUUUAUCUAUCUCUGAUGUUACUUCUCCUGUUCAUGUUCCUGAUUGCGUCAAGGGGUUUUUCACCUUCGACAGAACGGUGAGCUACGACGGUCAUUUUAAGUCCAAUUUGGCUGUUCAGGUGACUGAGCUUAAAGACGGUGUUUUCAUCGGGUUUUCCGUCAACCACGCCGUCGUUGAUGGCACUUCGUUGUGGAAUUUUAUCAAUACUUUCGCGGAGGUUUGCAGAGGAGUAAAACUUGUCUCGAAACCCCCGUCAUUCGUCCGUGACUCCGCCUUGAUCUCGUCUGCAUGUCUGAAACUCCCCGCCGGUGGUCCAAAAGUGACGUUUGACGAACACGCGCCGCUGAGUGAGAGGAUUUUUAGUUUCAGCAGGGAGUCAAUUUUGAAAUUGAAAAGCAGGACGAAUAAUCGGAAAAGGUUGAAUUUUUAUGGUGAUUGUGAAAUUAACGUCAAGCAAAUUAAAAUCUCCGACGAGAGAGUAACAGCAUUAUUUGGUAAAUUGUUACGAAACGCUGUCGUUUUGAAGGAGGAAACGGUAGCGGAGCCGGAGAUAUCUUCCUUCCAAUCGCUAUGCGCAUUGCUAUGGCGGGCAGUGACACGUGCACGGAAAUUCCCGAAUUCCAAAACGACAACGUUCCGAAUGGCGGUGAACUGCCGCCACAGACUGAAGCCGGAACUGGAAUCGUUUUACUUCGGGAAUGCAAUUCAGAGCAUUCCGACAUACGCCACCGCCGGCGACGUAUUAUCGCAUGAUCUGAAAUGGUGCGCCGAGCAGCUGAACAAAAACGUGUUGUCCCACGACGACACGAUGGUCUGUCGUUUUGUGAAGAACUGGGAGAGCGACCCGCGGUGUUUUCCGUUGGGGAACUUCGACGGAGCAAUGCUGACGAUGGGGAGUUCGCCGAGGUUUCCGAUGUUCGAUAACGAUUUUGGGUGGGGGAAGCCGGUGGCAGUUCGGAGCGGGAGAGCUAAUAAAUUUGACGGUAAAAUUUCAGCGUUUCCGGGGAGGGAAGGCGGUGGUAGCGUUGACCUUGAGGUGGUGCUAUCGCCAGAAACAAUGGCGGGUAUUGAAUCAGACCCCGAGUUCAUGCAAUAUGUUUCUGGUAGUUGUUGA